CAUAAUAAAUAUACUCAACAUUCCUUUAACUGUUUGGUGAAACUUUAUUUAUUUUUAUUUUAAAUAAUUUUAGUUAUCAUUCUAUAAUAUUUUUUGUUGAUUAGUAAAAUAUUUCAAGAGGAACAAAUAAAAACUAAAGUUAAAAAAGUCAAAACAGUAAACCUUGUAAAUGGGCUGGCCCAUGGGCUUUUAAGGACACCGACUGCGUUAAUCCCCAACAAUACAGAGCUUUUACUAGAUUCUAGAGAGCAGCUGCUUGACCUUCUCUACUCUGAACGAUCCCGCCAAAGACACUCGAGAGACUGUGUGUGAAAAUCAGUGAGCUGAAGAGAUCCAGCGAAGAUGAGUACAAUGAAGUUUUGUCGCGAAUGUAAUAACAUCUUAUACCCAAAGGAAGACAAGGAGCAAUCGAUACUCCUCUACGCUUGUCGUAACUGUGAUCACCAGGAAGCGGCGGAUAACAACUGUGUGUACAGAAACGAGGUUCAUCAUUCAGUAAGCGAACAAACGCAGAUCCUAUCCGACGUCGCUUCUGACCCCACUCUUCCCCGCACCAAGGCUGUCCGCUGCGCCAAGUGUCAACACGGCGAAGCUGUCUUCUUCCAGGCUACUGCUAGAGGCGAAGAAGGAAUGACUCUGUUCUUCGUUUGCUGCAACCCCAAUUGUGGCCAUCGUUGGAGAGAAUAGGAAACUUUGUAGUAGCUUACUGUGUAAUGUGUUAUUGACUUCCCCUUUUACGUCUUUCAUACAUUCAUUCAAUUUGGAGUUUUCUGUGUGCUAAUAUGAAAACUGUGGGGAUGUUAUCGAGUUCUUGAAUUUUUAAGGUCUUUUAUGAUCAUUUUAGUUUUAUCUAGUCUAAUUAUGAAUUUGCUGAUUUCUGAGGGGCCCGUUCAGAAAACUCGUCCUUGUCUAUAUGGGUUUGAAUACGUGGAAACUGAAAAUUGUCAUA